GAAGUAUUAUGGGGUAUGGCGUAACCAGGGGCAACAAAGUAUAAGGUAAUCGAUAUUUCCGUAUCGACUAAUAUGGUCCAAAAAACAAGAUGGCCGCUGCAACUGCUUCCAAGACCAGAGUCGUGUUAUUGAGUUGUGGAUCUUUUAAUCCUAUCACUUUCCUUCAUCUGAGGAUGUUUGAAAUAGCUCGCGAUGCUCUUCAUAAAACAGGAAUUUACACGGUGGUACAAGGAAUAUUUUCACCAGUAAACGAUGCUUACAAGAAGAAGGACCUUGUUGAAUCAAAGCACAGAGUUGAAAUGUGUCAACUGGGAGUUGAAACAUCAGAGUGGAUUAGCGUUGAUAGCUGGGAAAGUAAACUAGAUUGUUGGACAGAGACAGCCAAGGUUCUAGAUCAUAUGACAGAGAAUGCUGCUAAUAAAUUUACAGGUUCUAGUCCUUUAGUGGUAAAGUUACUUUGUGGUGCUGAUCUUUUGGAGUCAUUUGCUGUUCCAAAUCUAUGGAAAGAUGAGGAUAUUGAGAAAAUUGUUGGAAAACAUGGUCUUGUUGUCAUAUCUCGAGUAGGCUCAAACCCAGAAUCUUUCAUCUAUGAGUCAGAUGUUCUUACUAAGCACAAAAAUAACAUUCACAUUGUCACAGAGUGGAUUUCAAAUGAUGUCAGUGCUACAAAGAUCAGGAGAGCUAUUAGAAGAGGUGAAAGUGUGAAGCAUUUGGUUCCCGAUCCUGUAAUUGAGUACAUAAAAAGAAAUGAACUAUAUCUUCCAACAAAGUGAUAAAUAGUUUCAAGUUUAGAAUGUUUUUUUUUUCUCAAUAGGUUAUUUUACAACAUUGUCUAAUUCCUUGUGCGCUGAUUGGCUCAUUUUUAUCAUCAUUAAGAGGACAGGCAGAUAAAAUUUUAAUUUCUACAAGCUUUCAA